ACACUGUUUCCUAAUUUUUCUGCUUUUAUUCGCGGUGCAUCUCGUCGCCAGGCCGUCUGCUCUUUCUACCUACAUCCGCUCGGAUGUUCGUUGAGAUUGGCACAUCUCCGAACGGCAUUGUCCACCUUCUGCACCGUCUGUUUCGUCAUCACCCUCAUCACCGGCGUGCUGGCACGCUUAGCCUAUAAGGGCACAAACCCUCGGAAAUGGUACAAGGGAGACGGUGGAUGGGAAUUACACGUGGCUAGCACGAUCACGGAAUGGCUGUGCGCGGUCGCGUUCUGCGUCUACAUCUUAACGUUCACCGAGGAAUUUCGAGACGUGAAAGUCACUCAUCCAAAA